GUUGAAUCUGACGUUGGCCGUAAAAGGUCUGUGAAAGUUUCACUGGGGAUACUUCCUCCCUAACCUAUCCUUUGCUUUUCCUUCGGAAAUCAUAUAAGAGACGUUGUAGAAGGGAACACAAAAAGCCUUGUACAUGGUGGACGCGAAAUUUUUUAUGGCAACGGAGAGAAACGGGCACAACGGGCAAAUAUUCGAGGCCCUUAGAAGUCGCUUUCCCGAGAUUCCGGAACAAGUUAUUUCCAACACACUGCAGGCUGAGGUAGGGAGAUUUCUAUGCGGUAUUUGGACAAUUUUUGGGUUACUUUUAUCAGGAAUUGUACGGAGACAAAAUGAGUGUGUCAUUCAAAUGCUUUUGUCUUUGAACUUUUAUUCUGAAGACGUUCUUCUUCCGUUCCUUCCGUCGGUUAGACGUGGAGGUGUUGUCUUGUAAACAUCGCGUGUUCGCCCAUCAAUGUAAAUGUGCUUGAGCAGUAUAUUUUCGAGUUUGUUCUUUCUUUUGUCGAGUAAGGCUUCCUCUAAGCUCAGUUAUUACGAUUAUUCUAAAUUUGCCGUGUCGAAUUGUAUAAUAUUGAUCGAAUUUACUGCGUACGGCUUGUAAACAAAGUUGAAAUUGGUUCAUUCGCUUGUAUCAGAAAUUUCUUUGGGUCAAUAGAAUGGUGUAAUUAGAAAGAACAGCAUUCCAUGAAAUACGGAUCUUACCUGCAUGUAGCGUUCGGUAUUUCAGUCCUUAAAAUCGCACAAUAAAACUUAAGGGAAUUAAUUGUAACUCGCCAAAAUCAGUAGUUGGUUGCAGUGCUUCUCUAAAUUGACCAAGUUCCUGAUUAUCUAAGAAAUGAUAUCGAAAGGAAAAGGACUUACCAUACGAAAAAUCCUUACAUUAACCUUGCCUUGUUCCAUCAAAAUCCUUUCCUGGUUUUCUGCAGUAAAUCUGCCAGCGGAAGAAGGCGGAUAGGUUGUAGGGAUCAUGUGUUUAAACGCUCAUUACUACCCUCGUAUAGGUCACUUCUAUAAAUUUUUGAGAAUCGUCAUCGCCUUUGCAACUUCCACAACUCGGAUGAUAGUCAUAAAUCAUGUGCUUGUUGGAAAUAUCAUUGUGUAUUCACAAACACUUCCUUUUUUAGAAUUUUAUUUAGAUCCUCAAUUUUGUGUUAUAAAAAUAAUCUAACUCUAGAUCUUCUCCCCCACUAGUAAUUUGUACAUAGCAAAACCCAUGAUGCCUGUAUGACGAUACCUCUUAUGGGAAUCAAUUAUGAUGAAUUUUUCUGUGCUUGCCUUUAAUAGUUUCCCCUUUAAUGAAUACUUCCUCAGUUUAAGUUGUGUAAAUUACAGUAAACAGUGGUAUUCUCCUUCUGGCUAAAAUAAUCUAAGUAUAAUGUCUGGCUAAAUAAUUACAUCAAUUCUAACUGUAUACAAGUAAGUAUUAGGAAUUUUCUUUUUGAGAGUGAUGUGCUUCUUUUAUAAGCAGGGAGAAAUUAUUUCUUUUUUUUUUUUACAUAAGGAAUACUUCACCACACAAAAUUAAUGUUACUGUUUUAUUAUAGAAAAGUUUCAGGCAUGAAAUGUUUUAUGAUGUCUUCAAAAUGCUUGUUGGAUUAGAAAUACACAAAUAUAACCUAUAAGCAUUAAAAAUUUGGUUUUCUUUUGGGUCAGAACAUUUAUGUGUGAUAAGGAUGGUACCAAGUUUGUGAUUAUCAGUUCUGAUGCUUAUUUAUAAAGCAUUUUAUAUGAUUGUGUGUAAAAAUUUGCAAUUUGCAUAUUUUCAAAUGUUAAGUAUGCUGAGAGCUUUGAUUCUUUAACUUUUGUCAUAAUUAGCUAAAAGAGACAUUAAAAAAUUCUGGCCAAAACCAUAAUGCUUCAGAAAUUUUAAGUAUUUAUUCUAAUUUUCACCUUCUUAUUUUUCAGCAUGGCAACCCGGAGCGCUGCUUGAGUAUUCUAGCAGCAGAAAGUGAUAGAUUAUUGUAUGGUGGUAAUGUUGAGGUAAUAGACAGCCCAAUGCCUGUUCAGCCGUCUUCACAAAGUACACCUAUUGAUGAACCUAUAUCAAUUGCAAUUCCCCAAUCAACCAACCCACCACACCUCCCAAACAGAACAGAACCUCCGGCUUUACAGCCCAUGACAAGACCUAUGACAGUAGCACAGCCCAGUUCUGCUGCAGCUUAUGUUUCGUCUUGCACUGGAGAGAGACAAUUACCAUCUACGGUUGCAAGUUAUGAUCAAAGUAAGUGCAGAGUUUCAACUUGCAGCGGAGAGGAAAUAGUUGUUUGGGUUGUCUUAUCACCAACUUCUGAUAGAAACUUUUGAUCAAGUUGUUGAUAAGUCAGUCAAUACCACUGAUAGCAGUCCUUUUCAGGGUUCCUCUCACCUACAUAGCAGGCUUCAUGAUCAGGCAUUACUCUUGGCAUAAACCAUUUCCCUUGUAUUUAGAGGAAAGGAAAAGUUAUCUUUAAUCUUUCAAUUCCCAAGUUCUAAUUGUUAAUUUUCCCCUUUAGCUACCACACAUUCUCUUGAUAAUUAAUUACAAUAAUUUAGUUCUAGAUCACGAUAACAACUUCUAUCUGAUUAGUUUGGAUAUUUUCAAGCCAGUGUGUGCUGGAUAAUGUGUAGAUAUCAUAGCAAGAAGUUGCAUGUUAAUCACUUCUGGGAGUGAAAGAGUUAAGUUAACUUAUGUUAGUUAAAUGAUCAAAGUACAUUUACUUGCCUGAUGUUAAGGCUUUGUUUGGUUUAAGGUUGCAUUGGUGUUAGUAUGAUUACCAUACCAGGUGAUCAAAAUACUAAUAACACUCAUUUCCAUAGUUGCCUCAUGAGGGGUAUUGUCACGAGCCAAAAAAUUUUGUCCAACCAUACUAAUCAAUUUUCUCUGAGUAAAAUCAAUUGUGCUUGUUCAGAAUCAUGCUUUGAUCCAUACUGAUCAUACAUGACUCACAACCUCCUUUAAGCAAUGGCCAAAAUCAGAGUUUUGCCAGCUUUCUACAUCUACUCUAUGUACAUGUGUCAUGCUGCUUUUGACUAAAGCAACUGUACUUUACAGGAUGUAGCAAUGCUCAUGAGAUGUAUUUACUAGUUACACUGUAUGGCCUAUAUUAAUGCAAUCUACUCUGUAUCUCAGUGGCAGUGCAUUGUAUUGAAAAAUUAAAUGGUCUGUGGAUCCAAUCCUAGUGGGAGACUUUUCCCCAAGCUUGCUAUAUUUAAUCACAAUGGUUUAAUGACCAAUGCAGAUUUGAUUAAAGUUGAGGGGUUUGGCAUAGGCAUGGUGCUUCCAUGUGAAGGGAUAUCAAUUGGCACAUUUUAUCCAUAUCACCAUGUUUUAGGGAGUGGUCAACAAUGGAGUCCAAAAUCUACCACACUUCAUUUCAAUAUGACUGUACCUUCAAUUUCUCAAUCAGUGUAUGGCAGUAAUAGAGAGCAAAAGGCAUUAUUAGUUUUGCCGGAAAGGUUAUCAAAGAACAUACAUGGGAGAUAACUAGAGUAUAUUCCAGAAUAUUACAAUCUAAUUGGCUGUGCCUCAACUUUAAACACUUAUUUCAUAUUUUCCAUAAUAAUUUCUUUGCCAUUGGAAAUUACAUUUAUAACAUGUACAAUGUUGUUAAAAGUUGUGUUUAUCCAUUGAUUAUAAAAUAAUUAUUGCAUCCUCAUUUCUGCAGCAUUACUUUGUCAUCAACAGCGAAGGUUAGAAACAUUGAAUAAGGUAUGUGUUUUGGUUCCUUGUCAUUAUUGGUUGAUUAAAAAUGAUAAUUGAACUGUGUGAAGUGCAAUUUUAUAGGUAAUAACAUGAUUUUGAGUGGAAUUUGGUGAUAAUUAGCACUAGUGAUUUUUUUCAAAGACAACCAAACUGCAUAGACCUUGGGGCAAGUGCAAUUUGUAGUCUUUGAAAAUUUACAAGUGCUUAUUGGCACCAAAUUGCACUCAAAAUCAUGUAAUUACUUAUUUAAUAAUAUGCAUGGAAAAAUUACUCAGUUCUGAUUGGUUAAGAUGAAUACAGUUUUCAGGUAAUUUAGUGCAGAAGAGGUUUAAUUCAGUGCAAAGAAAGUAACAAAUCAGACAUUCUGAUUGGUCAAUAAUCAAAGAAACUCACAGAUAGCCAAUCAAAUGUGAGCCUUGGAUGUCACAACAAAAUUUGAAAAUUUGAGAGGUAAACAAUGGCCGGUGUUUUAAGUAGGUUUUCUUUCACCACUGCAGCUGAAAAACAGCUCAAACAAUGAAAACACUGUAAAAAGCACUUUUUUUUGGUUCUUGGUUUGAAAAAAGUGGUGUUUAGAGAAGGGAAUUGCCUUGGAAAUUGAAAACUACGAGCCGACCCAGCUUAACACUUUGCUCGAAUUAUCCAGUGCUGAAAUUAAAAACAAACGUGGUUAAACUUUGGAAACAACAAUUCCAUUUUAUUGAAAGUGAUUCGGACACAGACUGAACAAUUCCUUGAACUGUUUAGCCAGACUUUGAACUUUUUUGUGCCUUGAAGAUGUGAAGAUAUCAUUGCAUAUUGUUUUGAUCAUAUGUGGUUGUUUUGGCUGAACGCACGGUUUGAAUAAAUUAUUUUUGUACUUGAUGCGCAUGCUUGUUUAUGCUUAAUUAUGAUAAGCCAUCUUGUAUUUUUUCAUGUAAAUUAUUAACACAUAAUCACAUGAUUUUUCAUGUGCAAUUUGGAAUAAACAAGCACUUGCUAAUUUUUUCAAAGACCACAAAUUGCCCUCACCCUAUGGGCUUGUGCAAUUUUGUUAGUCUUAAAAAAUUUACUUGUGCUUAUUUAUUCCAAAUUGCACUGGAAAUCAUUUGAUUACCUAUACAAAAAAGCAUCUCAGAAAGUCAAGACAGACAAAAUUUUGACAGUGGGCAUGCUAUUUGCAAUUUGCAUUCAUGUUACAUGAAAAAUGCACUUGUUUUCAGCCAAUCAGAAGCCUAUAAUUGUUCCAUGUAUGUAAUUAAGUAUGCAAUCAUAUGAGUGAUUUGAAAUCAUAAUUGCUGUAUGACUUUAUACCAAAGUUUUAUGACAUGAAGUUCAAGUACCACUUGAUUAAAUCUAUUUUAAAAUUGCAAACUUCAGUCACUCAAAUGCAAGGGGUAUUUUAGUAUGUUAAAAUAUCUUAGUUAGCCAGUAAUGUGCUGGUUUUUAUAAAGUUGCAAAACUUGACUUACAUUUUCAACAAGCCUCAAAAUCUGAUUGGUGCUUGUGUUUUAGUAAAGCUGUUUCAUUGGCUCAGAAAAAUAUGUGAUUUAGUACAUGAAAUGGUGUGAUUCUUGAAUAAAUUGCACCAAUGAGAGCCAAUCAGAUUGCAAUGAAUCACCAGUGAUUUUGAAAUGGAUGUGUUAAAAAAUAUUAUAAUUACUUUGUACUUUAUCGAUUUAUAGUACUUACCAUUUUGAAUGCAAAAUGACCAUACUGUUACACUCACUUAUUCAAAAAAUCAUAAAUGAGCUUACUUUGCUUAAAUGGGACAUGCACAGACACAAAUUAAACAGGUUUUUGUUUUGUUUUGUUUUUUUUCAGUACAAUUGAACCAUUCAUUCAAAUAUUGCAUGAUAUUUGCACUCAAUUCCUGUUUUAUUUGUGCUCUACUCAGUACAUUUGGAUAAUAAAGGUUGUGAAUAGUUGACUUUUGUAUCUCACCCAAUAUGGUCUCUCUUAUUCAAGGAAAUGUACAAUGAGCAUCGCAAAUUGAUAAGAUUGAAAGAUAGCUUGCAAGAAAAAGAAAUGGAAAUGGUCAACAAUAAAUUUCGUGUUGCUGCCAAUCCCACUGUAAGUAGUUCAAGUGUACAAUUUUUUAAAUUCAGUUUAUUCAUACUGUAGUUUCUUAAGUUGCAAUGUUGGUCUAUAUUGGAGCUUCAUUGUUUGUCCUUUGUAUCAUGGUAUUUGAGAUUAUUUCAUUCUGUGAGAAGUUAUGUUUAAUUUCAUGUGCACUUAAUGACAUAAUUACAUACUAAGGUUAAACAUACCUGUAAAUUUUGAUAUUAAAUGAACACUUUGCAUCAAUUUAGCCUACAGAUGUAAAACACUUGCGUGAUGAAAAUCGGGUGCUGAGAGAAGAAAUCGAACAAAUGACUCGUGAAAUUGAUGGACUUAGCAAUGGUCGAGAUGGUAAGGAAAUAUUUGACUGUGACAUCAAUUAAUAAUUGCAACAAAGUCUCUCAAAGAGUGGAUAUUUUCCCAGAACAAGUUUUUUCAGACUGUUUAUUAUCAUACACAUAUGACCUAUCUGGCACCACACUCAUGCAAUCUCAUAGAAAAUCAUACUGAAUCAUAGCUGAUGUGUGUAGGGGUGGAUGGGUUUAUGCAAGCCUGUCUGCAAAAUGCCAUCUUGCAUUCACAUGGUUUUGUUGCAAAAACUUAAAAGAAAACACCAAUAAGAUAAAAACUUACAUUUUUUGAUGAACUGCCAGUUUCAUGUUGAGACUUGAAAAAAAAAGAUAUGGAUAACUUUUUAUUGCAGAAUGUUUCUAAUGGUUGUCCCAUCCCAAUUAAGGUUGAAACAAAAUUUUUUGAAAUUUUAGCACUUGUGGUCAUAUGGUUAAAUACUUAUUUACUGAAUUUUGUUAGGCUGAAAGGGAAAAUAUUGAGCACAGAGCUGGUUGCACACAAAUCAUAUGUGCAUGAAUUUAAAAUCUAAGGAGCCUGUUGUGCCAUUUCAAUUUGAAGUCAUAAGGAUGACAUACAAGACACUAAGUUUGAUCAGUACUUGAUUACACAUACCUUAAACUCCCACAAAUAGAUCACCAAAGCACAGGAUUGACAUCAGAAAAAAAAAAGAAACAGAAAAGAUAGUCAAUUUGAGAAACAGCACUCAUAAAAUCUUAAAUCUUACUUUGGAUUAUUUGUUUUUUGCGAGUUUUCUAUCAUCCCUAGCAAUGAAAAAGGUAUAAUUUAUUGCUAAAACUAGUACAAAUUAUAGCUAUGUUACCCAGGUGAGCAUUUGUGCUUUUACAACAAUCACCAUUGAUUUCAAAAUGGAUUUAUUUAUUAAGUGCUUUGAAUGUUUUGCAGUUUUAAUAGGAAAUACAAGUAAUAAUCCAGUAGUAACACAACCGCCGCCACCUUAUCAACCUCCACCAGGUAUGUCAAGUCUGACACUUAGUAACAAAAUUUGCACCAACUUGUUCCUUUUUUUAGUGUGAUAAUUGUUGAUGAUUAUUGAAUAUUUUGGUGAGAAGCAAAGUACACCAAAAUCAUUAAUAUAUUUAUGUAGAAAGAUUGUUAGUACCUGUACAAUACAUGAACCACCAUUCAAGUACACAUGUUGUUUUGUGAUUUGAAACCUUUUUAUAUGUAUCUUCCUUUGUAUGGGGUUAUCUGUUGUAAAUGGUAAAAUAUUAAUUUUCACUGAAAGAUACAAAAUUAAUCAACCUCCAAGUUGUUUUUAAGGGAUUUUACUAGAUUUCUUCCUUCAGUGUAAAAUUAAGCUUUUUAUCUCUUUUUUGCAGUGAGAAGAGUUGAAAGUUUUCCCUCAAGCCGACCUCACAGUGGAACAAAUGGUAAGUAUCAUGUCACUUAGAGGCUAAAAUUCCAAUUCACACUGUCACCAUGUAUAAUGCCUCAUUCACAAUAGAAAUUAUUUUAUCUUGGUAACAGAUAUUUUAUGGUUGAUGAUUAUUUUGUUUAUGUAUCAUGUUAGUAGAGGAAACAUGUCAAUGAACCCUUCAACCCCUCAGAGUGACUAACAUCUAAUUUCUCCUCACAAUAUCAUCCCCAAAUCACACAUUAAGGUCAUGAGAAUAAAGGAAAUGAUCAGCAAUGAUAGAAGCUCUAGACUGUUAAAAUAAAUUCUCCUUGUCAGCACAGUAGGAAAUGUAUUGAGAACAGUAUGGAGAAUAUGUCUACUGAUGUUAGGGUGUAAAGGGUUAAAAAAUUAUUCAACUGAGAACCUCAAACCAUUUACAAUUAUCUUUGGCAAGUGUCCUUCUCAACUCAUCUGCAGUGGAAAGCUUCAUCUUAAAACCUUUCAGUUUUCACUCCCAAAGAUCUCAACUAGAAUUUAAUUAUUACGGUGGUUGAAAUCAUGUGCAUGUACAGGGGUUUCAAUCAAAGUAGAUGGGUUGGGAGUACAUCUACCCACCUGUAAAGCACAGGCUAGCAACUUAAGGCCUGUCCAUGAAUAUCUUUGCACUGCAAACACACACGUAACUCUCUUUGCACAUAAAACAACAAAGCAACCUAGACCAAAAAUACAUGACAAUGCAACUGUAAGAGCCUAAACUUUGAAAAUUCAGGAGCCAAGACCUUUACAGAAAGAGCAGGCCUAUAAAGCUAUCUUAACCUAUCCUAAACUACCUGUUUGUUCCUGACUUUAUUGAAACCACUGACCCAUGCCUGUUCCCAGACACUGAGGCAUAAAAAUUACAUUAAAUUUAGAAAGUAGAAAAUAUUAAAGAAAGUUAGAUGUUACUACACUGUGUAAUAUGACCAUGAUCAUAGCGCAGAGUAAGAUGAUGAUUGAUGCCUUUAAAUGAAGCUUCAGGAAAUACAUCGCAGUGUGGCUGUAGGAUUUUCCUAACCCUUUGACCCCUAAGAGUGACCAGCAUCUAAUUUCUCCUUACAAUAUCACACCUGAAUCAAAUAGGGUCAUGAGAAAAAUGCAAUGAUCAUUAACUAGAUAAGCUCUUGCUUGUUAUACAACUUCUUGUAGUCAGCACCUUAAGAAAUGUACUGAGGAAGUUUGUAGAAUAUGCCUUGAGAUGUUAGGAAGUUAAGGGUAAAGGGAAACAAAAUACAUUAGAAUUAAAUAUUUUGUAGUAACAAAAAUGCAUCUUUAUCAUAUUCUGCUUAGAGUGACUGUGACUUGUAAUUCUAAUACAUUAAUGGCACUGCCAGGAGAGUCUAAUGUAAGAUCACCUUGGAUUGCCUCUUAUCAACAAGUGAUCUUUUAUUCAUAGGUUAUGGCCCUUCACUGACUCGAUUCUGUUCAAUGUUUGGAAGAAUACCCACUCAUGGUAUUACAUUUAAUUAUUAAUAACUUUUAAUUGUGUUAACUUGGCCGAUUGAAGUACAAUUCAAGCUGUAACAAUGUAAGGAUAAUGCUUGAAGUAUCAGCUUUUAAACUCUUUACAGUGGCCAAUUUACCUUAUCAACUCAUAUGAUAAUACUAAAUUACCCUGUUACAUUCUCCCACCAAUGCAGCACCAAUGUUUCUCAAGAAACUUACCUCUUUUUUCAUUUGUGAUAAUUGAAGAAAUUUUUUAAAAUUAAGGGAGUCCCCAGCAUUAGGCUGAUUUAAAAUUACAAGUAGAACAACCUUUGAAUUGUACAAGUUAAGGUAUAUUUAUUAUAAUCAUAUAACUAACAAAUUACAAGGUUAAUAUAAUCUGUUGUAUUCAACUGUUUUAAAAACAGUUAGCAAUAGCAGGAUAGCAAAUUGUUGUAUUAAGUUGACUAAAAAUGGUUUUGUUAUCUAGAAUUACCAUUUCAUGAAUAGACUGAUUUAAACAAUUUUGGGUUUUUUACCUUUUCAUCAACACUGAUAUUUUUCUCAGCAACUGUUAAUAAAUGUAAGGCUACCAUAGCAACAUGACAGCCUCUUAGACACACCCCUGCUAUAGCUUCAUGCGCCUAUCACUCAAAAAGGAGUUAAAGUACUCAGUGCUUUUUUUCAUACUGGAUUGAAAGAAGCAUAUCAAGAUCAAGCUUUUUGCCAAUUCUUUUUCACCAAAACAAAAUAAAAAAUAAACAAGUAAAACAAAUAAAUAAGUAAAACCUGGGAUGUAGCUUCAGAGCUACUGUGCUGUUUUGCUACAAAAGGAGCUCUAUUGACAAGGGAAGUGAAAAUUAGGGAGGUGAUUAUAAGUUUUACGUUUUAAACACACCGUAAAAUUUCCUGAGUUUUUUUACUAGAUUGGGUUUACUAUGAAAUUUACAUACACUGUGAGGGCCUUUUUUUGCUAUUCACUAAAGGUUGUAUAAUACACUGGUUAUCAAAAAAGUACACUGAUUUUUAAAUCUGCGCAGGAGUAGGGGGGGUUGUAACAGGUGUAUUGUGAUAACAAGCUCCUCUUAUUCAACCCUCAAGUCCUCUUAACCCUUUAACUCCUAUGAGUGACCAAGACAGUAUUUCUCUUUACAAUUUUGAUACAAUAUCAACCAGAUUAGUGAUGAGAAUAAAGAAAAAUAUCAACUUGGGGAUAAUUAGUGGAUCCAAUACUAAAUUCUCUGAACUAACAUUAUAAGAAUUGUAUGGUUGACAGUAAGGAGAAUUACAAAUGUGAUCUGGGAGCUAAAGGGUUAAUUUCUUCUUUGCAUGGGAGUGGAGAGAAGGGAGAGGGGGGUGGGGAGAUGUGAGUAAGAGAAAGAGGGGGUCAUUUCCAGUGUUACACUGAAUCAUCAUAAAGGGAAAGUAACAUUGCAUUGUAUGUACAACAGCCAAUUGACAACAAGUUAAGGUUAAUGUUGGGUUAGGGGAGGGGUCAGUGGGCAGUUGCCCAGAUACUUAUAUUGAUCCUACAAUUCCUUAGACAGACCAUACUUCGUUAAGUUUUAAUUCGAUUUUGUUCGAUUUCAUUCAGAGGAAGAGAGUCCCACCAGUCUGAGCCCUCCACCUCCUCCUCUGGACGGAAGCUUAACCAACGAAUGGGUGUUUCUUCCAAACUAUCAGAAUGUAAUGCACGAACGACCAGGUAAUACAUAAGUUAAAGGCCAGUAAGCUGCCAUUAACGUCUAAUACAACUGUAUAUUAUUUUGUGGCUUUUGAUUCCAGAAGAACUGGUGCUACAGGCUACUGUGUUGUAGAGGCAGAUAAACGUUUUGUUUAAAGUAACACAAAAGGCUGGAAGUUUUACAGAAGAUACACAAUAUACCAUACAUGAACAUCUGGGAUGAUUUUAAGUCUACUAUCUUCUACUCUUCAAUUGACAUUUUCUUUUUUUUCUUUUUUUACCUGUCAAUACCUGUCUUCUGUCUUCUUAAAGAUGGUUUGAAAAUUUAAGGUCAAAAAUGAGAAUUUAAGGUCAAAUUCGUUGGUUGUCAGUCUUUGCAGUAAAUUGGUUAAACGAUCUGUUGAUAUAUUUUAAGAGAGAGGAGCAAAGCCAAAAAAAUUAAUUGAUCUCCUCCACAAAGAGAGUUUGAACCUCUGAGGCUUUUGUAUGGUGUUGAUGUCUAACUGGGAUACAGAGAGCCUGUUGGUUUGCUAACACACAUACUUUUUUUACUGCCUCUUUGUUGCCUCUUUAUUGAGUUUUUUCCCCAAGAGACUCCUCAAUAGAGUAAGAGAGUUCAUCCUUGCGUUUUGCUUCUUCUUCUUUGUGUAUUAUAGUCAAUAGAGGUGUAAGGUGUCAUGGGGAAUGAAAUUGGUUGAAAAUUUAGGACAUUUUGAUUUUACUUUGGAGCAUGUUAAUAUUUCAAAACUGUACCUCGUGAUCUUGAUUUUAUUGGUGAUGCCCUUUCUUUUGCUCUCUUUUGUGUUUCAGAAGAACCCACCUGGACAUGCUUAUUUUGCACAUUUGCAAAUCACGAAGCCUUGGAAGUGUGCGAAAUGUGUGAGAUGCCAAGAAACCGUGUCUUAGAGGCUCGAGCGUGACACGGGCGUGACGUUUUGGCAAGAAAACUUUGGCGGGAUCAGAGUUUGACGCAGCAUCUUGAUAAAUUAAUGACAACAUAUGAACAGGAGUAUGAAGUCUUUUCAUAAGUUAUUGUCAACGUUUGAAGUAUUUGAAAAUCGAAAUGGCGUCGACGUACAGGUUAUUGUUACAAAAGACAACUUUCUUUACAUCUGGUAGCCCUUGGUUUGUAACUACAAUGAAACUAAGAAAGUAUCCAAAAUAUGUGAUUUAUUUUUCACGUGCGAAAUGAUGUGUUGCUUUUUCACCACUGAGGUGACAGAGAAUUGUUUAAGUAAAACUAUUGAAAC